AACAAAAUAAUUACAAUUCAACUGUUUAUUGACUACUGUAUCAACUGUUUUGGUUUUGAAUAUGGAAUAAACACGUUUAAUAAUAUUGUUAUGUUAUAAAUAUAUCAAAACUAUUUGCAUAACAAAUCAGUAUUGGUAUUGAAAAUAAACAUUAAAUUUUGAAUUCAAUACAAAUGGACGGCAAAUUUGUUAACGUUAUUUUAUUGGGAUUAGCUUUUAUGCUAAUUUUUACUGCCUUUCAAACCGGUGGUAUGAUUCAACAAACAGUGGUCAAAAGUAUCCAUCAAGAAGAUUCCUCUUAUACCGCCGAUGGAUAUACCAGUCUAUGUAUCAUAUAUGCCACUCUUGCUAUAGCUAAUUGGUUCGCCCCAUCAUUUAUACUGAUAACUGGACCUAAAUUUGCAAUGUUUAUUGGGGCUAUUAUUUAUUGUCUAUUUAUAGCAAAUUUCAUGUUUCCUAAAGUAUGGGUCCUUUACUUUCUAUCAGUUGUUAUUGGUUUGGGAGCGGCCAUUAUAUGGACGGGUCAGGGAAACUUUUUGACUAUAAAUUCAGAUGAACGUACAAUGUCUCGAAACAGUGGCGUCUUUUGGGCCAUUUUGCAGUGCAGUCUUAUUUGGGGCAAUCUUUUUGUGACAUUUGUUUUCAAAGAAGAUCACAUCAAAGAAUCCACUCGACUAUUGACUUAUGGAGUGCUCACAGUUGUUGGCGCUAUCGGAGCCCUAUUGUUGUUAGUUUUAAGAGGCGGAUACCGAACCAAUACUGGUCUUACUCUUAGUGAAAGUGUUAAGGAUAGCUCAAGUGCUUUGGUGAAAGCCUUUCGCCUAUUGUUUACUAAACGAAUGUCACUUCUAUGCAUCGCUUUCUUCUAUUCGGGACUAGAAUUGGGAUUUUUUAGUGGUGUUUAUGGAACAGCUAUCGGAAACACCAAUAGGUUGGCCGCAGACGGAAACUCCAAGCCAUACAUCGGUAUCGUAGGAAUUCUCAUCGGUUGCGGUGAGAUUGUUGGCGGCGCCACAUUCGGACUGCUCGGCUCUAAGACGAACCGUUACGGUCGCGACCCGAUCGUCAUCUUGGGUUAUGUCGUUCAUAUGGUUUCAUUCUUUCUCAUAUUUAUUAACAUUCCAAGUAUGGCAUCAUUAGAGCAAACCAAUGAUCCGGCAUAUAUUAACAGCAAUUUAGGGAUCGCAUUAUUCUGUGGUUUCCUACUAGGGUUGGGCGACGCCUGUUAUAACACUCAAAUGUACUCAAUUCUGGGUGUCCUCUAUCGGGACGAUUCUGCGCCGGCAUUUGCACUCUUCAAGUUUGUCCAAUCUUUGGCAGCGGCCAUAGCUUUUGUAUAUACAUCAUAUGCAGACAUUCACAUCCAAGUGCUUAUAUUAGCCAUAUUUGCCUCAUUGGGUACCAUAUCAUUCUCGGCGGUUGAAUGGAGCGCACAUUCCUCUGAUGUGUCGGACGAUGAGGACAGACACGAGAGUUGA